CAGCAUCCUACCCAGCGUCUUAGCGAUUCCGGUGAUCGUUAGCUUGCGGCCUUUCCAAGAGCUUGCCUCAGGCUUCGUUUGUUAAAGAACCGACAUUUGCCAAUCCUCUUCGUAUUUUACAUUUCCCAGCCAGCCUGUUUCAUUUUGCUGCUGCGCCCCAGUUCAUCUCAUCCUUCUCGUAUCUUGACCCUCUCCGGCGUUGUCAAUCUCUGCCUUAGUUUUGGCCCAACAACGGACUUUGGCUGGCCUGACCUGACCGUUACGUCGAUUCCUGCGACUCGUCUCGGGCCUGAUCGCGCAUCCCUGGCGCUGCCCUGCCCCCCCUUUGCCCGAAUCCUCCUUUCCUUUACAUGUCGGACCCUCACCCUCUCGCAGGGUCAGACUCAACCUGGAUCUCAACAAUCUCUUCAAUCACUUCCUCUCGAGGCCUCGUAUAGCCCGAAGAAGUACAGGCCCUCCCACGACACCUUCGUUUUCACCUGAUUCAUCACCUCAUCAACCACCCUCGGGUUUCUCUCUUCCCACCACCAUGGCCGGGCCUCAGGGCACCUUUACCGGUGUCACUGCGACUGGCACCGACAUACCUGAGACAGACGCAAUAGCCAGUAUGGCCUCUUCACUCGGAGAAGAGUUUGGAAAAGGACCAGGCGCUGCGACCACAACUGACGGUCGAAAUCCAGCGCCGUUCAACGGAGGAAGUGCGAGUGCAACUGGCGCAGAAGCCUCCGCCUCAGGAGGCAACUCAGCACCCACUACACUUCUAACAUCUGUUUCGACAGGGACCGCUGGGGCAAGCGCGUCAGGCGCUGAGAAUCCAUCUGGCACCGGAUCGAAUGCGGCGAGCAACACCUCUGGAGUAGUCACAGUGUCGGAGAAGUCGUGCGAUAGCAUAUCGUGUUCGUCGGGCCUCAAAGCCGCAAUUGCUGUCCCGGUCAUCGUUGCCGCGAUUGCCGGAAUAUUUUUGUUCUUCUUUUUCGCUCGGAGGAGGAGAAGGAGAGCUGCUGCAGGUGUGGUCGAGUCGGAAAAGAAGCCGAAGAAGAAGGGAAAGAAAUGGUCACGGCACCUGAGGGUGUUCUCGUUCGAUGCUGAGUUGCUUAUGGGUGGCCGAUAUUCUAGCAGCAACAGCAUUCGAAGUCGCGAUCCCAGCGUUCGAAGUGCUGGCAAUAGCUCUCGCCAGGGUGCCGCCAGCGUCGAACCGAGUUUGCACAGCAUCGAAGAAGUCGCCCCGCCCUAUCGGGACGCCAUUUCACAUGCACAACCUGGAAGCCCUUCGCAGCACCGCCCCAUAUCAGCGGCUGGCGGUGUAGCAACAGACCCAAUACUCCGAGCGGCCUCCACCGCCACAGCACCUCCUCCUUACCGAUCUGUUGUGCCAGCUGGUCAGCCACAGCCGACGUCCCCUACUUCUGGCAAUCCGUUUGCGGAUUCUGCCCCUGUCAGCCCAAUCGAAGGAUCACCGUUCAAUGAUCCGCCAGAUGAGCAGAGACCGACAUUGAGCCGUGGCUCAUCGUUAUACCAAAGUAUCAAUACAGAUGACGGAGCUGCCUCAGACGCUGGCAGUAUACGAGAGGCUCAGGUUGGUAGGCGUGUGUCUGUACGAGGCUCAGGUACCGCACCGAGCAACGGCAGCUAGCACCACUUGUAACACAUUACUGUUUUCUUUCUGUCGUUCGCAACAUGGCAUGGAGUUCCGGGGUACGAAACAUGUCUCUUAGAAAUUGUCGAAAUGUCUCACUCUUGUUCGGCUCAAAGAUGGACUCGAAGUGGUCGGGGAAUGGUAUGCGUAUGAUGUGGUGACAUGUUAUUUGAUGCAAUGCAGUGAACUAUGAUUUUGAAAUGUCCAAGUUGAAACGGGUUGGAAAAGAACGACAUCAUCCUCGCCAUUGACGAGGAUGGAUAGCGCGGCCUCGGGAACACGAAUGGUGGCACCAAGCGGUUGAUCAGGCAAAAACGAAAUUACAGGCGACUCUGAAAGCAGUGCUCCCAUCAAAUAUACGGAAUAUGAUAAUAAUCAUGACAUCUACACAAUGUU